CAGUUUUGAGUUUGUGAUUCUGGUCUGCAUUAGUAAAAAAAUGUAUUUCUGAGGGAGUGUGCUUUGUUGGGUAUAAUUAUUUGUUUUUGUGAUUGAAUUGCGAUUAUUCGUUAAUUAUAUCACAUAAUUAUAAUGGAUUCUGAGGAAGAAACUUAUGACGACGUCGAUUCAGGUAACGAAUCCAGUGGAGAUGAUGUAGAUUUUGCAAUGGAAGUUGAAGUUACUGGACAUAGAGAAAAACAGACAGAAUCGGACGAUUAUCCUUAUGAAGUCCUUAGUACUGAAGAAAUAGUUCAACAUAUGGUUGAUUCUAUAAAAGACGUGAAUUCCGUUGUUGAGAUUCCAGCAACGACAACUAGAAUUUUGUUGAACCAUUUUAGAUGGGACAAAGAAAAACUUAUGGAAAGAUUCUACGAUGGUGAUCAAGAUCAGUUAUUUAAUGAAGCCAGGGUUAUUAACCCAUUUAAGAAGCUAAAUAUCACCGUUCGUGCUAAGCCUCAGAAACGUACUGCAAGUGGAACAGAGGAAUGUGAAAUAUGCUUCAUGAUUUUGCCAUCAUCACAUAUGACGGGAUUGGAAUGUGGGCAUAGAUUUUGUAUCCAUUGCUGGUGUGAAUAUUUAACUACCAAAAUAAUGGAAGAAGGUGUUGGUCAGACUAUAGCGUGCGCCGCACAUGGAUGUGAUAUUUUGGUAGAUGAUGCAAGCGUUAUGAGAUUGGUUAGAGAUUCUAAAGUAAGGCUCAAGUAUCAGCAUUUGAUCACCAAUAGUUUUGUUGAAUGCAAUAGGUUACUAAGGUGGUGUCCUUCACCUGAUUGUAGCAAUGCUAUUAAAGUCCAGUAUGUUGAGCCUCACAGAGUAACUUGUAAGUGUAAUCACACUUUUUGUUUCUCUUGUGGUGAAAAUUGGCAUGAGCCUGUCAAAUGUCAUUUACUGAAAAAAUGGAUUAAAAAGUGUGAUGAUGACUCAGAAACAAGUAACUGGAUUGCUGCCAACACCAAAGAAUGUCCAAGAUGUAAUGUCACAAUUGAGAAAGAUGGUGGCUGUAACCAUAUGGUUUGCAAAAAUCAAAAUUGCAAAGCUGAUUUUUGUUGGGUUUGUCUGGGACCUUGGGAACCACAUGGAAGUUCAUGGUAUAAUUGUAACAGGUACGAUGAAGAUGAAGCUAAAGCUGCACGUGAUGCCCAAGAAAAAUCCCGAUCUGCUCUUCAACGUUACCUUUUUUAUUGUAACCGUUAUAUGAAUCAUAUGGCAUCAUUAAAGUUUGAACACAAAUUAUAUGCCUCUGUGAAAGAAAAAAUGGAGGAAAUGCAGCAACAUAAUAUGAGCUGGAUUGAAGUGCAGUUUUUGAAAAGGGCUGUUGAUAUUUUGUGUCAGUGCAGACAGACCUUGAUGUACACCUAUGUGUUUGCUUAUUAUUUGCAGAAGAAUAAUCAGUCUGUGAUCUUUGAAGAAAACCAGAAGGAUUUGGAAAGUGCCACAGAGACUUUAUCCGAAUACUUGGAGAGGGAUAUUACGUCUGAAAAUUUAGCGGAUAUUAAACAAAAGGUUCAAGACAAAUACAGGUAUUGUGAUAGUAGGAGAAAAGUAUUGCUAGAGCAUGUACAUGAAGGAUAUGAAAAGGAAUGGUGGGAUUAUAAUGAAUAGCUGAAUGUUGAGUAAUUUUUUUUUAUAUUAUAUGUAUUUAUAAAACCGGAACAAAUAGCUGGUUACCUCAUUAUUACAGUUGUGUUGUCUUUUGUCAUUUCUUGAUUUUGGUUUGGACCUUCAGAUUUUUAAAAUCUUUAAGUAAACGUUUUAUGCGCUUUUUCCCAAUUCCUAACCACUUAGACUCAAAUGAAAAGUCUCUUGGUUUUUUUUUGCCAUGCCUGUAGGGGGUAAGCUCUAAAGUAUUUUGAUUUUGCCUUCAAAUAGGCUGUCAAAACAAGAUAGAAUUUUACAAAUUUAAAAGCAAACCAAGAAUUUAAAUAACCAUUACCCAGUUUAGACCAUUUUUAUUGGUUUGCAACUGAGAUGGAUAACACAGGUAAAUAAGCACUUCCGAGCAAGUUUGCUAAAUAAAGGUAUUACCAAAUAACUAAUUAAACAACAGAUAUCAUGGUAAAGGAAACAUUUUUAGAAUGUAACUUAUUAAGUUUUUGGUGUAUAAAGGUUUUUCGUAGUAUAUUAAUAAAUUUUCAGUUCCUAUACGAGAUCUAUAAUCUAUGUAAAUAAUAAAUAGAUCUGAAAACUGGAAUUUCAGAUAUGCAAGUAUUUAUGACGCACCAUGAAAUGGUGACCCAUUGUGUGUUAUAUGUUUUAAUUUGUAUAAUUAAAAAUGUAGCCAAUUGCUCUGAUUAGAGCACGAUUUUGUGGCAAGGUGAUAUUUGUUUUACUUCAAAGUUUAAGUGGAUCCCUUCUUAUCAGAAAGUACAAGUAUUAGCACUGUCUUGUGUAAUGGAACUUGAUUAAACGCUAACAUUGCCUCUUAAUUGCUAAAUAUCAUCUUACACGAAUUGACGAUUCUUUGAAAAUCACAUAUAGCAAAAUUUUGCCAAAUUCUGAAAUAAAUAUAUUGUCAACAUAUUUAUAUCAAGCUGUCAUACAACGAUUUGUGAUAAAGUUAUUUUUCACUCUAGAUAUUAUUAAGCGUUGUUGGAGUUUUUAGAAAUUAAGGAACUUAUUUAGAUGAUAGAUAACCUUUUAUUUCUUCCAGAUUUAUAUUUUUACUGGUUUUGUUGUUUCCGUUAAUAUUUGGUAUGCUGCUUUUAGAGACAGUCUUUGUGCAUUGUAAUUUGUCUUUUAUUAUAUUUAUAAGGAAGAAAUAACGGCCGUUAAAACAAAAUGCUAUAUUUAUACAUUUUCCCAUGCGGAUCUCAUUUGGUCAUAGGGUGGGGAACCUUGCGUGCUAUUCAAAUUCAUGUAAUUUUUGAUCUGAAAUUCUUGACUUUUUAGAAUAAGUGAUGUAGAUUCGAAAUUUGAACAUGCACAUAUUUGGAAAAUCAAUAAAGCAUAAGCUCGUCAUAAUGAUGACUCCUAUUUAAACUCUUUCCAAAAAGACUGUUUUGCAGUUCAAAAGUUUCACAUAUUUUGAAUGGAAUAAAAUUAAAAAUAUAGACAUUGUUGAGUUUAUUUGACAAUUGUUGCUUGGGUAAUAGUUUACAUAAGCAAAGAACUUUAGGUCCAAGGAUUAUGCAUGUAAGAGUCUCCCAUAUGUGUGGACCACGUUUCUUGGGAACAGAUUAUCUUGGAAAUCAAAUCCCCAUAGUUUGUUUCAUAAGUGUUGCCCGAAUAUCAGCACGUUAAAUCUCGAUGAUUUUGGAUGCAUUUAAUAACCUUCAAUAUAUAUUAAAAACAAUUAGCCCUAAAAACUCCUAAUUGCAGAAAAGUAAUAUAAAUUUUACAAUCGAUGGGGAGUUGCCAAAUUAAGCUUUUAUACAUAACGUAAGGAGGCUAAACUAUUCUCCCUGUAUAUUUGAACUACUUAGUAGGUUUAUAUUUUUGACACGAUCACCUUACAAAUUACCGCAAGCACAUGUAGCGAAGAGUUAAUGUAACGUAUCUCAUCCCGAAGUAUGUUGCCUGUAACUUUUAUCAUUUAAAGAAAAAAAAAGGGGAAAUUGAUGAAGUCGCAAUGUUCUUAUAAUUUCAAUGAACUAUUCCUGGCUGCUCCAAGUUGCUGGGAUUAUUAUUGUUCGUGGUUUUAGCCUGUGAAGAUAUUUUAUAAACAAAUUUUACUUCACAAUUUUAUAUGAUACGAAAAUAAUUAUCUGAAUGAUAGUUUUGUAUUGGUCUCUUUAGAAUUUAAAUUAUUUAAAAACGGUUAAAAAAUUCGAAAUACUUUUAUGAUUGGAUUGCCUAAGAUAGUUGUAAAUUUGUAAUAUUGGUAUUAAGGCAUUGAAUCCCUAGAAAAUUGUAAAUAUUUAACAUUAAGUUCUAGUUUACUACUGCUAUAGAUAAAUAUUUU